UCCCAAGCAGGGGCAGACUGACCAUUUGGAAACUCGGGCACUGCCCGACGGCCCGGGAUCAGUAGGGGGCCCCAUGAGAUGCCCCUGGUACCUUUUUCAUAGGCUUUUUUGAGUUUGGGCAAGGACACAGGGGCCCCAUGAUCCUCUAUUGCUCGGGGGCCCCAUGAGUUGUCAGUCCGCCCCUGGUCCCAAGCAUGUUUGGAGCUAUUUACAGUUGACUGGCUCACUACUUCUGCUGGAAUAUUGCUAUAUUGCAAUGUAUAUACCCCAUUCAAUGGGG